ACACUUGAUGUGUCUGCCUGCUUUCUUGCUUGUCUGUUUAUUUGUAAAUGAUUGUAAUGUAAACUUGAUAUGGUGCAACUAUCAGUUUAUGCAAGAGUACAAACACAUGCUUCUGUUUGUUUUGUGUGUUUGUUUGUUUUCUGUGUAUCUGUCUGUUUGUCUGUCUGUUUGUUCUUUGUCUGUCUGUUUGCUUGUCUGUCUGUUGGUUUGUUUGUUUGUCUGUUUGUUUAUUUGUCUUUGUCUGUCUGUUUGUUCUUUGUCUGUCUGUUUGUCUGUCUGUCUGUUUGUCUGUCUGUUUGUCUGUCUGUUUGUUCUUUGUCUGUCUGUUUGUUUAUUUGUCUUUGUCUGUCUGUUUGUUCUUUGUCUGUCUGUUUGUCUGUCUGUCUGUUUGUCUGUCUGUUUGUUCUUUGUCUGUCUGUUUGUUUAUUUGUCUUUGUCUGUCUGUUUGUUCUUUGUCUGUCUGUUUGUCUGUCUGUUUGUUCUUUGUCUGUCUGUUUGUUUAUUUGUCUGUUUGUCUGUCUGUUUAUUCUUUGUCUGUUUGUUCUUUGUCUGUCUAUUUGUUCUUUGUCUGUCUGUUUGUUUAUUUGUCUGUUUGUCUGUCAGUUUAUUCUUUGUCUGUUUGUUUGUUCUUUGUCUGUCUGUUUGUUUAUUUGUCUGUUUGUCUGUCUGUUUGUUCUUUGUCUGUCUGUUUGUCUGUUUGUUUGUUUGUUUGUUUGUCUGUCUGUUUGUUUGUCUGUUUGUCUGUCUUUUUGUUUGUCUCAGACUCUUUUGUUUCUUGUUUGUUUGUCUGGUAGUCUGUGUUUGUUUGUUUGUCUCUUUGUUUGCUUGUUUGUCUUCUUGUCUGUUUGUCUGUCUGUCUGUUUGUUUUUGUUUUUUUGUUUGUCUGUCUGUUUGUUUGUUUGUUUAUUUGUUUCGUUUUUGUUUGUGUGUCUGUUUGUUUGUGUGUGUGUUUGUCUGUUUUUUGUUUAUUUUGUUUGUAUUUUUCUUGGUCUCUCUGUUCUUCUAAUAUUGUGGCUUCAAAUGUGUU